AUGGAGCUCUUCCUGAUCUGCUCACUAGUGAGCACCAUCAUGUCCGUGCUGGUCAGAGAAGGUAGUUCGGGGAGUCUGGCUGAAACCUUACCUGGGGAGCGUCACAGCCACCAGGAAGGGCCGGUGCUGGCAGUGACGGGGAGACGCAGAGAGAGGCGAUGUUCCUGUACCAACAUGCAGGACACCGAGUGUGUCUACUUCUGCCAUGUGGGCAUUGUGUGGGUCAACACACCAGGACAGGUGGUUCCUUAUGGCCUGGGAACGCCUGUGGGAAGACGGAAGAGGGAGUUGAGUCGCUGUCUCUGUGCCAAGCUGCGUGACCCGAAGUGUCACCGAUUCUGCCUGACAACGGUCAGAGGGCAACGGCCCGUGAGGGACGCGAGGCCGGGGAGAGCACUGACCCCAACAAUGGUCAAGGUGGUCCGGGCGAUGCCAGAGAAACGUGGUCAGAGGGUCUCUCUGGUGAGGUCGUAA